GACGGAGCUAGCCGGCUAACUAUAACUAGCUCAGAUAGACGCCAUUAGUUCAGGGAAAAGCAGGCAGUCGCAUCAGGUUGAAAAGGGUAUUAGCUCGCAGUUAAAACAAAAUAUCUGACAUUUGUUGGCGCUUAUUGAUAAGGUUCAGAUUCACGUAUGCUGUCGAUGUGUUUUUCUCAUAAUUUUUAGCUCUUUUUCUGAAGUCGGAAGCUGAUGUGAGCUACGCAAGACUUCAGUUCCGAGGGGGUUAGCAUUAGCAGCGCUAGCAUAGCAGUGUUAGAAGCCGUUUGUUUUUGUGCUUUUGAUCCGUUCAAUAAAUUGCCUGCCAUGGCGGCCGGGGGGACGGGCGGCAACAGCAACAAAACCUACUCGUUCAAGGUGGUGUUGCUGGGGGAAGGCUGUGUAGGGAAGACGUCGCUGGUGCUGCGUUAUUGCGAAAACAAAUUCAACGACAAACACAUCACAACUCUACAGGCGUCCUUCCUCACAAAGAAGCUCAACAUCACAGGAAAGAGAGUUAACCUGGCCAUAUGGGACACAGCAGGUCAGGAGCGUUUUCAUGCGUUAGGUCCCAUCUACUACAGAGACUCCAAUGGAGCCAUACUAGUGUACGACAUCACAGACGAAGACUCCUUUCAGAAGGUGAAAAACUGGGUGAAAGAGUUGAGAAAAAUGUUGGGGAAUGAGAUUUGUUUAUGUAUAGUAGGUAAUAAAAUUGAUUUGGACAAAGACAGACAUGUUUCAGUGGAAGAGGCUGAGAGUUAUGCAGAGUCGGUGGGGGCCAAACACUACCACACAUCAGCCAAGUUAAAUAAAGGCAUAGAGGAACUGUUCUUGGAUCUCUGUAAAAGGAUGAUGGAAACAGCACAGGCUGAAGAGAGAUUGAAAGGCAAUGGAGCCAGCCAAUCAGCGUCGAGUAGGCGGGGCGUACAGAUUGUCGACGAUGAACCACAGGCCACACCUGCCGGGGGAUGCUGCUCCUCCGGCUAACACACACAAACACACGCACAGAUACAGACAUAUACAUUUUCUCUGUCAUACAUGUGUGCAUUCAUAAUAUUCACACAUAAACAUUUAGCAGUGUUUCUGUUGUCUGGUCAGUCCACUCUAAAAUCCUAAAAGAAUCUGCCUCUGCUGCUAAGGAGCAUGGGAAAUUUGAUUUAAAUCAGUGUAAUCCCUGUUCCCACCAAAAUUAAAAAAUGCUUAGGUUUGAGUAUCACUUUGAUUAUUGUAAUUUCUUAUAUAACCACAUAACAGAAGUUUGAAAGCAGUGAAACUAAAAACAGCCUCAGAGCAACACUGAACAUGUCACGGCUCCAUUCUGCAGCUGCAGCUCUGUACCUUUAAUAUGGAACAGUUUCAUCAGUCAGAUUUACCACAGCAGAGAUUUAUUGUGUUUUUGUUUUUUGAGGGGCAGAACAUGUAUCCAAACAUAAAGCACUGCAUUAACCAUUAAUCUUAAUAUCUAUCUAAAAAUACACGUCUUCUGUUUUUUUUUCCAAACCUAAGAUGAGAUGACAGCAGCUUGUGGGGCAACAGCUCCCCACGCUGGAUGAACGUCAAAACUAUUUGGGUUUGCUGCUGCAGGUUUAUUAAAUUAAACUGAAGACAUUUAAUCAUUAAUAGGAAUUCUAUUGAAAAAAGAAAAAUCUAACUCAGUUUCCAAAUUUCACAUGGUUACUAUUUGCUCUUGUAUCUAAAUUAAAGUCCACAUUUGAAGCAAAUCAAAUUAGAAAAGGAAGAAAUAAAUUAAGUUGCAAUCUAAGCAUGUCUGUUUGCUGGAAAAAAAAAUCUGUAUAAACAUUGAUCAGUUUGUGUGUUUAUUGCAGUUGACAGCUGUAAUCUUCAGGAGAUUGUUAUUCAGUAUUGUGCAGCUCCUCUUCCUCAACACAAUGGAUUUAUGAAACACUCAAACAUACAUGUACACACUGACACGCUCAUCCUCCUGCUCAUUAUCCCUCAACAGACAAUAAUAAAAUGCAUGUUUGAUUUCUGUAAAACGCUUUGUUUUAAAAAAGAAAAAAAAAAGUAAUAAAAAACUGAAUUGCUAUUAUUUAAUAAGUUAUAUUCAUGUGGCGGUGAUGGAAAUCUGUACGUUUUCUCUCUGUGUAUCUUGUUUCCACUCGGCCUGUAUCUACAUUAAUCUCUGCUUACUGAAAACUUGGUGAAAUGACCAUUGACAUUGUACAGAAAGCUCAAUGAAAACAAAAAAACACAUAUUGAACAUUUUAUUUGCCUUUAAAACUAUGGGAAACUCUGCACACAUGGUUGUAGGAGGAAAAAAAAUAAACCAUGUACUGUUUCUGCUCAUCCUGGAAGACCUAAAUGUUGAUUGAAGAGGUUAAAAAAAAAA